GCAUGGAUUAACAAACAUAAUAAAAGUUUUGGUUACUUCAUUGAUGGCCACUGGCAACAUCCAGAAGGCAGACAAUGUACUGAGUCAAAGAGACCUUCAACAGGAGAAGUUCUAGCACAGACUUUGGAUGCAAACCCAGAAGACAUUAAUGCCGCUGUUGCAUCAUCCCAGAAGGCCUUCGACACAUGGAGCAACCUUUCUUCACAUGCCAGAGCUCGCCAUCUUUACAGCAUUGCAAGGAACUUACAAAAACACCAGUCACUUUUGGCGGUUGUGGAAUCAUUGAAUUGUGGGAAACCUACAAGAGAGACUCGAAAUGUGGAUGUCCCAUCAGCCAUCAGACAGUUUUAUCACCAUGCUGGUUGGGCAGAGAUUCUAAAUGUGGAGAUGAGGGACUGGAAACCUCGAGGUGUUACAUUGAUUGCUACUGACUGGACAUUCCCUUUGAUGCAGCUGGCCAGUUUUGUUGGGCCAGCCCUGGCGACAGGAAACACUGUAGUGGUUAUUCCCUCAGCUUUGACACAGUUAUCUACCCUGCUGUUUGCUGAAGUCUGUGCUCAGGCUGGUUUGCCACCAGGUGUGCUGAAUGUGCUGACUGGGACUUCUCUUGAUUUGCUCACCAGUCAUACAGGUGUGGACAAACUGGUCUUCUUUGGAUCUGUUGCUGAUGGCCAGUCUCUGAGACAGAAGACCGCUGGCCGUGGAACAAGUUUAUCGCUGUCACUUCUGGGACGAAACCCCACUCUUGUGUUUGAGGAGGCAGAUCUGGACAGUGCAGUGGAGGGAGUUAUAGAAGCAGCUUUUUUCAACUCUGGCCAGUCUUGUCAUGCUGGAUCUAGACUACUGAUCCAAGAAUCAGUGUACUUACCAUUGAUUAAAAAACUGAAAGGUCGGAUGUCAAAGCUUACAGUCGGAGACAAUAUGGAUAAAAACAAUGAUCAAGGGGCACAGGCCAAUCCACAAAUGAUCGAACGUUUAUCCCUGCUGGUUUCUCAAGCUGAAGCUCAAGGAGCUGAGAUCUUCAGGUCAAGCACAGCUGCUUGCAACAAACCUCAGUAUUUCCCACCAACACUGAUAGAGAGCAUCCAGGUGUCUUCUCCUGUAUACCUUGAUGAG